AUGACGACAAUGGACCUCCGCGUCGGCAACAAGUACAGAAUCGGCCGCAAGAUUGGUAGCGGCAGUUUCGGUGACAUCUACCUCGGUACCAACAUCAUCUCUGGUGAGGAGAUCGCCAUCAAGCUCGAGAGCGUCAAGGCGAAGCACCCCCAGCUCGAAUAUGAGGCCCGCGUCUACAAGUCGCUCGCUGGCGGUGUCGGCAUCCCCUUUGUCCGCUGGUUCGGAACCGAGUGCGACUACAACGCCAUGGUCCUGGACCUGCUCGGCCCUUCCCUCGAGGAUCUCUUCAACUUCUGCAACCGCAAGUUCUCCCUGAAGACUGUUCUGCUCCUCGCCGAUCAGCUCAUCUCCCGCAUCGAGUACAUCCACGCCAAGUCCUUCAUCCACCGCGACAUCAAGCCCGACAACUUCCUUAUGGGCAUUGGCAAGCGCGGCAACCAGGUCAAUGUCAUCGACUUUGGUCUGGCCAAGAAGUACCGCGAUCCCAAGACGCACUUCCACAUCCCGUACAGAGAGAACAAGAACUUGACUGGUACCGCCCGCUACGCCUCCAUCAACACUCACUUGGGUGUCGAACAAUCCCGCCGUGACGACAUGGAGUCUCUGGGCUAUGUCAUGCUUUACUUCUGCCGUGGAUCCCUUCCCUGGCAGGGUCUUAAGGCGGCCACCAAGAAGCAGAAAUACGACCGCAUCAUGGAGAAGAAGAUGACGACUCCCACCGAGGUCCUCUGCCGUGGCUUCCCCAACGAGUUCGCCAUCUACCUCAACUACACCCGUUCCCUCCGCUUCGAUGACAAGCCCGACUACUCGUACCUCCGCAAGAUUUUCCGCGACCUCUUCGUCCGUGAAGGCUUCCAGUACGACUACGUGUUCGACUGGACCGUCUACAAGUACCAGAAGAACGCCCAAGCCAUCGCCCAGGCUGCCAACCAGGGCCAGGGCGAGGAAGACGACAAGGGCCGCGGACGCCACGUCACCACCACCGCCGCUGCCAACGCGGGCACGGCAGCUGGCACCAAGCGCGGUCCGGUCAACGCGCGCCAGGAGGGCACCGGAAUGUGA